UCAAUCUUUUGACGGUUUCACAUAUGCAAAAAACAAUUUGGAUUUUUUAUCGGCAGUUGAAUAUUUAUUUUUCUACAAGAAUAACGCAGUCAUGACGUGGCUUAAUCAGAACAUUUUGUACUAUACGUGCAAAGCAUUUGGGUUAUUACCUUUUUCGGGCAACCAAAAAUAUUUGUCUUUUGCGUACUCGGCCGUGGUAUGGACAAUAUUGAUGUUUCACAAUUUUCGAAUAAACUCAGUCGUAUACGAAAAAAGUCAAACUAACUCGAUAGAAUUAAAGUUAUGGAUGAAGUUAGUAUAUUUCGAAAUAUGUGUAAAAAGUUUUACUGGAACCGUGACUUUAUUGGUUUCGGCGUACAGGAGUUGGUCUUUUUUUGAACUUCUAGAUAAAUUCAAAAAGUUCGACCAGUUUUCCCAGGAAACAUAUUUGUCACAUAACCGACGAAUUCAAAUUUAUUACAUCAUGUAUAUUGCUUUUAUGGGCAUUUUUCAGUAUUUAUAUAUCUUAAAAAAUAGUGGCAGUCAUAUUUUUUGGCCGCUACAUUGCUCUUUGACAAUGUUGGUCGCAGUUUAUUACGUCAUAUUCGUGAGAAUGAUGAGGGAACGCUAUGAAAUGGUCAACAGCAUGCUUAAAAAUUAUAUGGAUAAUACCGAAAUGAAUACCAAAUGUAUUUAUCCGAGAGAAGCUGACCGCUUGUUUAACAAACUGCGAUGCUUGGCAAAGGAGACUAAACAGACAGUUUUUACUGUUCACAAUGCAGUAAUGAAGUCAACUAACAUAGUAAUUUCAAAAGAACUGGACAUAAUGAUACUUAACUGCUGGAACCAACCAAUUGUAUUUGAUGUGCACGGGUUAUUCGACAUGGAUUAUCAACUUAUUCAUUCCAUUCUUGCAGCAGUUGCUACAUAUGUAGUUGUUUGUGUACAAAUUCAAUUGGCCAUUAUUGAACAUGCCACUCAUACAAAUUUGCAAUAAGCGCAAAAUAUAAACAAGUUUUGAAAAUAUCUUAAUUUCUUAAUAGUAACUAAGUAGCUCUCAAGAUUAACCAACAAAUAAAUUUAAUAAGCAUGUCAUCUAUAACUUAAAUUUUAAAAUAAAUACAAUUUCCGACU